AUAUAGAGGAGGGCCCCGUCCGUCACUAAACACUCAAACACCACCUACACAGACAAACUGCAGCUUGAUUAUCCCAGCACCACAACCAUGUCCGCCACUGCCACUGCCACUGCAACCGCAACCAAACGCCUCCCUCCGCUCAUCAUAGGCUCAGGCAUCUCAGGACUCACGUUCUCAACUAUCCUCGCUAAACACCCAAACUACCCGAAGGUUUUCGGCACUACCAAACCCCCACGCGUUUUUGAUGCCGCAAAGGAGUUUAGCGCAAAGUUGGGCGCGGGUCUCUCGAUCGCGCCUAAUGCCGUGCCUGCACUCAAACAAUUGGGUGUUUGGGAUGAGAUUAGAGCGGCUGGGUGUGAAAUGGAUAGGGUCUGCAUCUUCAGCGAAUCGAAAAAAGAACUGGGGCACAUGUCCGGCGACAUGUACCGCGAAGCAUGGGGCGCACCGCUGCUCACCAUCGAACGCGGCCUCCUCCAACAAAUCCUGCUCAAACACGCGCAAGAAUCCGGCGUUGACGUCCAGUACAACAAAAAGGUAACCUCCAUCACCGUCGACAAGCGAUCCGAAACCGUCUUCAUCACAUUCUCCGACGGCACAACGGAAACUGGAUCCAUGCUCAUCGGCGCCGACGGUGCACACAGCAUCACCCGCAAAACAAUGUACUCGCUGCUUGGCACCCCGGAACCGCCCAUGCGCACCCGGGGCAUCUCAACCCUCUACGGCAUCUCCGCCCCGAUCCCCCAAAUCCCCCUCGGCCACACCCAAUGGGUGAUGGGCACCAACGAGAUCUGGGGCACCUGGGCGCUAGCCAACCACAAGACCUUCUGGUUCAUCAACGAGUACGAGCCGGAGAAAGUGAAAGAAGGGCAGUGGUUCGAUGACGCGGAUGUCGAGGCGACCAAGAAGCGGUUCGAGGAUAGGUGGUUCCCUGUGGAGGGUGUGGGGAGGUUUGGCGACGUGAUGAGGGACAGCGACCGGUGCAUCAAGGUGGGGCUUUGGGAGAAAAGUUACGAGCAUGUGCAUGCGGCCGACGGGAAGAUUGUCCUGAUGGGUGAUGCCGCCCACCCCAUGGUCCCCUUCGCGGGCCAAGGCGCAAACACCGCCAUCGAAGACGCCGUCACACUCGCCAACCUCCUCCUCUCCCCCGCCGCCUCCCUCCCUACAAUAGCAGAAGCCUACGCCGCCCAACGGAUCCCGCGAACCAAGAAAAUAGUGGAUUUUGCGGGCCUGACGGGGACCUUGCAGAUGGGCGGUGGGGGUGUUGUUAGGAGGGUCAGGGAUUGGACUUAUAUGACCCCGAGGUGGGUGUUGGAGAGGAGUAUGGGGUGGUUGUAUGGGGUGCAGCCGAGGAUUGAGGGGUUGUGAAGGGGGUGGGGUUAGGCGUAGGCUAUGUGUGUUGGA